AUGGAAAAUUUGAGUUUCUAUGUUGGAGUGAUAGGCAACAUCAUCUCAGUGCUUCUCUUUCUUUCUCCAGCAGGGACAUUCUGGAGGAUUGUGAAGCAUCGCUCAACUGAGGAGUUUGAGAGCCUUCCUUACAUUUGCACUUUACUUAGUUCAUCUUUGUGGACUUACUAUGGGAUUAUAAAGCCAGGAAGCUAUCUGGUGGCCACAGUUAAUGGCUUCGGUGUCGUCGUGGAAAUUGUAUAUAUAUCUUUGUUCCUUAUAUAUGCACCUCCAAGAAUGAGGGCUAAAACUGCCAUUCUUGCUGGAAUUUUAGAUGUAGGGUUUCUAGCAACAACAAUUUUGGUCACCCAUUUGGCAAUGCAUGAAGAUCUUCGGAUUAAUGUUACAGGGUUCAUGUGUGCAGGUCUAAACAUAGUCAUGUAUGGUUCACCUCUUGCAGCUAUGAAAACGGUGGUGACAACUAAAAGCGUGGAGUACAUGCCAUUCCUACUCUCAUUUUUCGUUUUCUUAAAUGGAGGGAUUUGGACUUUCUAUGCCUUCCUUGUUCAUGAUUGGUUUCUUGGGGUACCAAAUGGGAGUGGAUUUCUCCUGGGAAUUGCUCAGAUGAUUCUAUACGCAAUUUACUGUAAAUCCAAACAAUCCCUAUGCAAAACUAUAUCCGAUGAUGAUGACUUGGAGUUUGGAGGAGACCAGAGAGAGAACCUCCUUUCAUCUUCCGGCCCAACCCAAAACACCAACCAAGAGUAGAGGCCCAAUCUAUCAUUAGAGAAGGCCCAAGAAAAGCUUACCAAUGGCGUGGUUUUAUAUAUAUAUACAAGGAGGAGGAGAAAUGUUAUUUGUGUUACAAUUUUGUGGAUAGAAAAAUAUUACAGUAAGUUUGAUAAUGAUGAUAUUGUA